UUACAUUUCGAAACUCAAACAGAACACAGAUCCAAGAAAAGCAGCUAUCCAAGUCUGUUUGUGUUUACAGGAAUCAGGUAUGGCUUGGGUGAUGCUGCUUGUGCUUGUGAUCGUGCAGGGGACAGAAGCCAUAUCAGAUGAUGUGAAAGCAGCACUGGAACCAGGGGAAGCCAUCCUCGCUACAUGUUCUGCCAACAGUAACCAGAAGCCACUAGAGAUGGAGUGGAAGCUCCUGAGUUCUCUUGGCAACACCACCAGGAACUUCACCAUUCCUCCAGAGAACGGAACGGCCCCCUUCACCAGCUACCUAAUAGGUGCAGUACCUCAAGACGGCCAGAAGAGGGUGGUGCAGUGUGUCAUCAGACGGCCAGACCUACCGGGAGAGAAAGUCAUCAGCUACUUGCUGCACACCAGCAGCGAAGCAACAGACGAAGCCUCUGGUCAGCUUGUUGAGGUGUGCACUCUUGAGCCCGCCAGCCAGUCUCCAGUGUACCAAGUCACCAAUGGCCAAGACCUCACAGGUGAAGCUACGGCUUUGGCCAACAUUUUGCUUCAGUUCAUGAAUGGAACUUAUGGCCAAUUGGGGACAGGAGGCUUCGUGACUUUGACCUUCCUGUCGGUGGUUGGAGGGAUCGCCAUACUCACAUUACUCUUCCAGUUCUUCAUCGACAUGAAAAAGAAAGGCAAAGACUGAUGAUUAAACCAUCAAAGGGGAUCGCCAUUUCACACUGAAGAAGGGUGUAAGCCCGAGACGUCUGUGAUGUGAGGCGAUAAAAAAAGAAAAAAGAAAUCUGAAGAGUACUUCUUUAUUUACUUAUCUUUAACAGUGGAUGGUGAAAUGUGUGACUUGA